AUGAUCCCCGCCCUGAACAUCUAAAAGGUGUAGCUGGUUACCCGGAUAGGGUUCGCAAUAUGGUCUUAAACCAUUGUGCAGAGACCUCAGACAAUCUGACAUACAGAUAUCUCAUCGAGAAAGCAAAUAUUCAGGCAGCAGUAUUGGACCAUGAUUAUUUGGAAAGACCCUUCACAGAGUAUUGGGUUCAACGAGCUGUUGAGGUAACAGCAGAUAAAGUAGUUGCCAUUGAGGAGCAGACACGUGGACAAGCCAGCUCAAAUAAUUGGUUCAAGGAGAGAUCAUGGCGGAUCACAGCCUCAAGAUUUGGAGAUAUCUGUUUAGCUACAGACAGGCGUAAUAGGCAGAAACUCUGCGAGUCCCUAUACCAGCCUUCUGCUGCUGUAUUUCGCAGUGAAGCUCUAGUCCAUGGAAGUACCUACGAGACACGUGCUAUUAGAUCCUUUGAAAGAGAGACUGGCCAAGGUGUUCAAAGAUGUGGUUUCUUUGUUGAUAUGGAUCGACCUUACUUGGGGGCAUCACCGGAUGGACUCGUUGGCAAUGAUGCACUAAUUGAAGUCAAAUGUCCCUUUGCUGGUCGCUUUGAGAAGAUUCAGCCUGGAAAGUACUUCCCAUAUCUAACAAUGGACUCUGUAACUGGUGAAAUGAAAUUGAAACCCACCUCUAAAUAUUUUUUCCAAAUACAAGGCCAAAUGCUUAUUGCCAAAAAACAAAUUUGCUAUUUUGUUGUAUACACUUUCAAAGAUUUGUUCAUCCAGAAAGUACAUAUUGAUGUAGAAUGUUGCCAGAAUUCUCUUCUUCCAAAGCUUGAUGUAUUCUAUGAUAAAUUUUUCAUGCCAUACUUGUUAUCCUUGCUGUAAAGUGGAAGCAUAUAUGCAAACUUGUGUAAAAGUUUCUUCUAAAUGAUUUAUCGAGACAGUUCAUUUUUUUUAUACAGAAUCUUUUUUGUAUUCAUGAUUUCAUUAGAGUCUGCAAAUGAUUCUUCAUGUUUUUUUGCCUAAGUUUCUGCCCAGAAUGCCAAUCAAUUUCAGAUGAAAUACAUUGCAUAUCCAUGAUAUGAAAUUUUCUGUAUUGACAAUAUACAUGUAACAAUGCAUAGAUGUUGGUUAUAUAAAGUGUUAAACUUUUUAAAUUGAUUUUUAAAAAAAGAUAUUGUACUUUGACCCUUUCAAGGUAAAUAGCUUUUACACUUAAAAGUUGAUAUGUCUACCAAGAUCCUUGUAUGAUGUAUCCCUUUGAAUAUUGACAGCACAUGUUGCAUAAAGGAUACAAAAAAGGUACGAUACAUUUAAAACUUGUAAGCAGAAAUAUGAACACAACUCUCAAGGGAUUCACUGUAUGUGCAGGGCAUACAUUUAUUAAACUUAGACAUGUAUGCAUGUACAUUUUGAUAUACUACUGGCACAUGUUUAAGCACUUUUAUCAACAAUGCAAUUCCUAAAAUUUGACAACAUAAAACAAAUGUACACAAUUCUGGAAGCUAGGGGGAUUUUUGACAUUGGUAGCUCAUGUUUCAAAAUUUUGAACCUCUUUGCAAGCCCAAUCACCCUCUCUACAUGAAUACGUUUUGAGGCAACUCGCCUAUCUCUAACUAUUUCUUCGGGGUCAAGUUGGCUUUUGCCCUUGAGAAACGUAGGUGUAUUAAUAAAAACAUUCUGAUUCGCAAAUAAAUCUUGAACAAGAAUUCCCCGAUCUGCCAUAAUGCUGUCACCAGCAUCAAAUUUGCCUACAUCUAGCAGAGUAGAGUGUUCAAUGAUUUGUCUGUCAGACACAGAGCCCCCAUAAGUAGAGGAUACAUAAGAUACUGCUCCAUUUGGAGUUACACCUACCAUGGUUUUCAACGUGUUUUUGUGUUUAUAAGAAGACCAUGUUUUGGAUUGUGCCUCAACAUUUGAUGGUUUGUGAAUUGGUUGCUCGGUUGCAUCUAAAAUUACGCGUGUAUUGGGAAACUUUUUAGCAAAAUCUGUUGGCAUAUGUUCUUUAAUGAUGUCUUUAGAAGGCCAGAAUUGUUCCUCUAACUCUUUUAAUUGAAAAUACAAAAAGUUAAUCCAAGUUGUUACAAUUUUAGAAACAGUAGAUUCACAGACUUUAAAGAGCAUAGCAAGUUCCACAUCUUCUUUUGCUUGUCUGAGUUUCAUCAGAGUUAAAAACAACUGAUCUUGUGGACUUAAUAAGCCACAUUUGUAAUUCAAGUCAAAAGCUGCUGGCCCAAGAAUAUUAAAGAGAAGCAUGAAAUGAUCAUAGCCAUUCAAACCAGUGUAAUAAGAAAGCAUCUUAGUGUCCAGUUUCAUACCUU